UGUGUCAGUUGCGUUUGAGCUUCUAUCGUGAGUGCGUUUAUAUACUUGUGAUACUACUGAAAAAAAAGUAGUAAAUAAGUACUCAACGUAAAUACAAUUAUUUGUUAAUAGUAAAAUUAUAAUCUUGUUGGAAUUUUAAUUUAAAUAUUUUAAAUAGUGAGUUGUUUACUUUUUUUUUGGUUGAAAAAUUUUGUAACUACUUUGUGGUUUUUUAUGUCACGAAAGGAUAUACAGGAAACUCUUUAUGCGGCAUCUAAAUUGUUACUAUUACUGUAAUCAAAGCGUACUCGGGAUCCAAAGAAUAGCAUGAUAAGUCAAGGAUGGAGACUGCUGACCUACUGCCCACUGUUCCUGUGCCUACUAUUGCUUUCAGACAAUACUUCAGGAGCCGUCAUAAAUGGGAAUCUUGAUAGGGUGAAAAGACAAAUAGAGGUUGAGAAGACUAAUUGGACCCAGCUGGCAGAUGAAUGGAUGUCAGCUAAAAAAAGGAUCAGUGAUCAGUUCAUCCCAAUUUUGCCGGAGUCUGAUGGAAAUGUCAGGGAAUUACCACCGAUGGCUGAAACUUCUGUACAUGGAAUGACAACUGAACAAUUAUCCAGGGUAAAUUAUUCAAGAAUGCUCUGGGACAUGGAAAACGUCCAACAAAAUGGACACUUGUCUCUGUUUGUCGACAAAGCGAUGAAACUUCUAGACCUGCAGAAAGUAAUGGUAGAAGUCGAGACCUCGGUGAUGUCCAAGGUUUCUUGCACCGCUUGUAAAGUCGGCGCUGGUCUUCUCCAGCAUUACAUCAAAAGCGGAAAGACCGACCAGGAAAUAAUGACUAGCAUUUAUCAGUUUUGCGUACAACUUCGGAUACAGAGCUCACGAGUUUGUCACGGCGUGACGCUGCUUUUUGGAGGUGAAGUAAUCUACGUUCUCAAGCAAGUAAACAUGGGUCCCGCGCAAAUCUGCAGCUUUGUAAUCGGAGAUGCUUGUGACGACGCAUACAACCCUCUUCACGAGUGGGAAGUCGCUUUUCCACCGGUUAAGAAACCGCCAAUUGAACCACCAAUUCCACCCAAGGAAGGAGCUCCGACCUUUAAGGUUCUUCAUAUUUCAGACACCCACUACGAUCCUUACUACCAGGAAGGAUCCAACGCGAAUUGCAACGAGCCUCUUUGCUGUCGAUUUACCAACGGAGCGCCAGCAUCAACAGCCGACGCGGCUGGUCGAUGGGGUGACUACAGAAAAUGCGACACCCCGAAAAGAACAGUCGACCACAUGCUGAAGCACAUCCAGGACACCCACGCAGACAUCGACUACAUCCUCUGGACGGGCGACCUGCCUCCCCACGACGUCUGGAACCAAACUCAUGAAGAGAAUCUAAAGAUUCUCCGGGAAACGGUCGCGCAGAUGUCUACGACUUUCCCCGGGGUCCCGAUUUUCCCCGCGCUGGGCAACCACGAGUCAGCUCCAGUGAACAGUUUCCCUCCGCCGUUCGCUCCAGAAGAAAACAAGAUCGACUGGCUGUACGACGAACUAGAUAAACAAUGGAAGCGGUGGUUGCCUGCCGGAGUGUCCCACACUGUUCGCAGGGGAGCAUUCUACUCAGUCCUGGUGCGACCUGGCUUCAGGAUCCUCUCGGUGAACAUGAACUACUGCAACAACAAAAACUGGUGGCUGCUCAUCAACAGCACCGACCCCGUCAGCGAGCUCCAGUGGCUGGUUUACGAGCUCCAGGGUGCUGAAAUGAACGGUGAGAAGGUUCAUAUAAUCGGCCACAUUCCUCCAGGACACUCAGACUGCCUGAAGAUCUGGUCCAGGAAUUAUUAUCAUAUUAUUAAUAGGUACGAGUCGACGAUUGCUGCCCAGUUCUUUGGACACACGCACUACGACGAGUUCCAGCUGUUCUACGACACGUCGGACCUGGGGCGAGCCUUGAGUAUCGCGUAUGUCGGGCCCUCAGUGUCGCCUUACUAUGACUUGAAUCCGGGCUACAGGAUUUAUUAUGUAGAUGGAGACCACCCGAAGACCACCAGGAUGGUUGUUGACCACGAGAGCUGGGUGAUGAAUCUCAAGGAGGCUAAUCACUACGACUACCCCAUUUGGCGCAAGAUGUACAGUGCGAGGCAGGCCUAUCAGAUGCCGUCUUUGCUGCCUAAAGAUUGGGAUGCUUUGAUUGAUAAAAUGACUAAUGAGCCCUCCAAUUUCGAUCUCUAUUAUAAACAUUAUUACAAAAAUUCGCCAGUUCGACCGGCUUGCAACAAUGAGUGUCGAAAAAGAAUGCUCUGUGAUUUACGAAGUGGUAGAAGCCACGACCGAAAAGCUUUGUGCCAGACUCUGGAGUCCAGGAUCGACGGCGCUACUGGAAACAGCUGGCGCGAGUGGAUCUACAACGGCUUGGCCCUCUCGAUGUCAGUAGUGAUGGCGAUUCCUCGGUUUGCAUACAAUCUACCGAAAUACGUACUGGGACUGGGCUAGUCUCCAAUUGGAUCUACGGAAAAUAAAAUAAAAAUUGAAAUUGUUAAUUAUUGAGCAAUUAAAUUUCUUAUCAAGCUCUUAAUUAUUGUGGCUCUUAGAUUUAUUUUGAGUCAUGAGUCACUGCUCGAAUUAACCGCAGCUUACUUGUAUAUAAAAUUUAGACGUUGAUUAUUUAUAUGAUC